AGGAGCAGCUGCAGCACCACCGCCACUACCACCAUGACCCUGGGCUGCAGCAGCGGGAGCAGCCGACCCUGCGGCUUGCUGGCGGCCCCCUCGCCGGAGGAGGAGGAGGACGACGACGAGGCGCCGUCCGACGUGGAGGACGACGACGACGACAUCGACGUGGUUGGGCCCCCUCACGAGCACGGGCAGACUAAGUUUAGCGAGGAAGAGGAGGAGGAGGAGGAAGAAGAGGAAGACGACGACGAUUUGCGCCUCCUCCCCAAACAGGCGGUGCGGGUGAGGCUGUCCCCAGUCCAGCGAGGCCCGGAGGUGGCCACGCUGGGCGACAAUCACGUCGUUGCAGCGGCUCCGGCGGGGUCGGCUCCGGCGGGGUCGGCGGCCGGCCCGGCGUCCGCCUCGUCUUCUUCUUCCUCCUCCUCCUCCUCCUCCUCCUCGUCCGGUGGCGCUUCAGGAGCCGGCAAAAACCCCUUGGUGAAGCCGCCCUACUCCUACAUCGCGCUCAUCACCAUGGCCAUCUUGCAGAGCCCCAAGAAGCGGCUGACGCUCAGCGAGAUCUGCGAGUUCAUCAGCGGCCGCUUCCCUUACUACCGCGAGAAGUUCCCGGCCUGGCAAAACUCCAUCCGCCACAACCUGUCGCUCAACGACUGUUUCGUCAAGAUCCCCCGCGAACCGGGCAACCCGGGCAAAGGCAACUACUGGACUCUGGACCCGGAGUCGGCCGAUAUGUUCGACAACGGCUCCUUCCUGCGCCGGAGGAAGCGCUUCAAGAGGCAGCAGCAGCAGCAGCAGCUCCACCAGCAGCCGCCGGAGCUCCUCUUACGCGCCGCUGCAGCCGCCGCCGCCGCCGACCCGGCGGCUUUCCUCCCGGGUUUCGCCUACGGACCUUAUGGCUACAACUACGGGCUGCAGCUGCAGAGUUUCCACCACCACCACCACCAUCACCACCACCCGGUGGCCGCAGGCGGAGGGACGGCGGGGACUUUUUCCUUCCAGACUUCAUCCUGCAGCCUUCCUGCGCCGCCGGGCCCUGGGGCCACCCAGGCGACCGCCCAGUCCGUCUUCUCCAGCGGGCUCUCCUCUUUCCUGGGAGGUGAUCUAAGUUGCAGGAAAGUUUUCUACCCGGCGGGGCAGCUUAGCCCUACCGCCUCCCUCCUGCAGAGUCUCAAGACGGACCAGGGAGCGGGCAGCAGGCCUUCCUUUUCCAUAGACAAUAUCAUUGGAGGCGGCGGUGGCGGCGCGGCCCCUCCGCCCUCCAGUAGCUCCGCGGUCAGCGCAACAGAUUCGCCCUUCCCGGCGGGCCAUGCUGGGAGCCAAGCGCAGGUCCUGGCUAUGUUGUCUCCAGCUCUGACUCCCUUACCGAACCAUUUGAGCCUCACCCACGAAUCCCUCCUGCAAUCGGGACAAAACUUUUCCAGUAAACUCACAAACCUCAACAAUUGUCCUUUUUAAAGGCAGCCACAAUGGCCCCCUUCCCAAUCAACA